AUGAGGAAGGAUAACCAAAAAGCCACCCCCGAACCAAUCAAGCAGGCUACCAGAACUCCUGUUUCCCAAGGAGGAACGAGCAAUGCUAACCAAAGGCAAAAGGAAGUGGCAAAUCCACCUACCAAAGCUGCCUCCCCUACUGCCACCCUUAAACAAGCUAAGCAUAAUGGAUCCAAGUCCACUCCGGAAACAAGCAAGAAAGGGAGUAGUAAAUGGCCUUCAUUGGAUGCUAACACAAGUCAUCAACCAAAAAUGAAGAAGAUGACUACGGGGAAUGAUGAAAGAGUGUUCCCCAAGGAAAUACCUAAGAUUCCAGGUGGUGAGAUUGGGAAGCCGAGGAAAAUCGAAUUUGGACCUCGACAGGAAGGGAGGAGGCCAUUGCCAGAGAAUGCUAAUGCCCUAGGGGAUACUGUCACCAGCAGUGUGCCAGGGGAGCAGGGGACGGCAAUGACCGUCAACCAAAGAUAA